AUGAGUUUAACUAACCGACUCCCGCUGACAGAGGACUCCUGCUACGAUGUCGUCCGUUUGGAACUGACUCGCGACGACGAUCACGGAAUCAUCGACGAUGACCUUGCCCACAUCCUUCCUUGGUGCCCCAACCUCGAGUCUGUUCGUCUGACCGGCGUCCCUGACCUUACCGACCGUACUAUAAUCCUUCUCGGCCGAGUGGCGCCGGAUCUCCUUGAGCUCGACAUCUCCGGUUGUACACAGGUUACAGAUGAGGCGAUCCUAUCGCUUGCAACAUCCGCGACGGAACUGCAGGUAGUAAAAUUGAAUGGUCUUACAACACUCACCGAUCCCUCCGUCUCCACGCUGGCACGUUCCCUCAUGGAGCUGAAAGAGUUGGAGCUAUGUGACGUCCCUCUACUCACCGCUGCAUGCAUUCGGGAUAUAUGGACAUUCUCAACGAAACUGAAGUACCUCAAACUUAAUCAUUGCGCCCGUCUCACAGACAAGGCUUUCCCGCACAUUUUGCCCCCCUCGUCACCUGCGUCUGGUGCCACAGCGUCUGCACUCUCCCCGCCACUCUCCCCUGCGCAAUAUGCCGUUUUUACCUCUCGCCCGGCUUCUUGGCUUGAUACACUCACGCCACUCGUUUUCUCCUCCCAUCAUAAUCUGGCCAAUCUCCGUCAGUUGGAGCUUGAACACUGUGUGAGACUGUCCGAUGCAGCAAUAAGCGGCAUUGUGAAUCAUGCGCCGCGCAUCCGGCACCUGAGCCUGUCGGGCUGCAUGACCCUGACGGAUGUUGCUGCCCGAGCCAUAGCCUCUUUGGGCGCACAUCUGAACGUGCUCACCUUGGCGCACGUAGAAGAAAUCACCGACUACGGGAUCGUGAGCAUAGUGGGGGCAUGUCCCAGGCUGAGAACGGUGGAUCUAAGCUUCAAUGCGCGCCUGACAGACCUUACCCUACUAGAACUGGCCACGCUCCCUCAGCUUGAGCGCCUGACCCUAGUCGGCCUGACCCGACUCACCGACAAUGCCGUAUUCUUCCUCGCAGAGCACACCACGACGCUCGAGCGGCUGCAGCUGUCGCUGUGCAAGAGAUUGUCACUGGAGGCAUUCCACGUCUUGGUGCGGAAGCUUCCCAAGCUCGAGCAGCUGAGUGCGUCAGGUGUCCCGGCGCUGAAGCGGAUAGGUGUCGAUCGUUUCUCCGAGCGGGUUCCACGGGGGUACAAUGUACACAAACAUGGCAUAUACCGCGUCUAUCGCGGAGGGAAUUUGCGCGCGCUGGCGCGGUUUUUGGAUAAGGAGCAAGCGCGCCGCCGGGAGGCCGAGCGAGAAAAUAUUAUAUUCAAGCCGCGGGCAGAUGAUAGCGUCGAGCUAUACUAG